AUGUCGAACUCUAACUUGGCUUCUCUACCUCCUUCCAUGCUUCACAAGAUUCUCCCUAAGGUAGUAACAAACCAUCUCCGGGACUUCGGUAGUGCAAAAGUUGCAUUACCCGCCUUCAAUCAAAUUGGCAUAAAAGAAUACCUCUACAAAUCUAUUGAUGAGGUUAAUGCUGUCAGAACAUACAUGCUUAAGUGCUACCGAGCCGGUAAUCCACAGGCCAUCUGCUUGCGAGGUAUGUAUGAGUUCUUCGUCCUCCAUUUACUUGAUCAAGGAAGGGAAAAAACUCGUCUUGCUGGUGAGAGGGGAUUUAUGUUGGCCAAGUACGUUGAUGAUAUGCUCAACUUAGCAUUUAGUGUUGAUGAAAGAGGAUUGGUUCACAACUUUCCUACUUUUACACAUGAGAUUGCUGAUCAGAUGGAUCACAUGAUCGCUACUAAGGUAUCCUCAGGUCACUGGGGUUACGAAAAACUACAGAUCUUUAUGUCUCUAUUGGAAAAGAUAGAUCCCAUCAUCAAUUAUAAUUUCUGGUGCUCUGAAAUGAUACAACCGGUGUUUGUUGUCUCCUUAGAUGGAUCAAGAACCCGGUGA